AUGGCAGUUGCGCCGGAAUUUGUUGACGCAGAAGAACUAGCGAAACUGAUUAAAGACAAAUCUAAAGUUCCUGGAAAGGACUACGUGGUGAUUGAUGUUAGGGAAGAUGAUUUCGAGGGCGGCAAUAUUCCUGGAUGUGUGAAUGUUCCGUCCAGCGUGUUUGUGGAUAAUUUACACCAAAUGAUAAAGGGGUAUAGUCAAGUCCCACAAAUAAUAUUUCACUGUGCUCUCUCACAAGUACGAGGACCUAAGAGCGCAAGAAUAUACCAGGAAGCGCUAACACUAAACUCGAUAAAAACCAAUCAAAAAAUUCUUAUUUUGUCUGGUGGGUUUGUCGAGUGGCAGAAACGAUAUAAAUCCGACGCGGAACUUGUAGAAAAGUACAACGAAAAGUUUUGGAUGUAUUUCGAGUUUUGA